CGGAGUAGUCUUAUUUUCCAACCCUAGAAAAUCCAUUAGAUUUAACUCCACGGAUGGAGUUUUUCUGGCUGCUUGUUUUGUGCUAGAAUCAACUGGACCACACGCGUAAAUCUCCAUUUCAUAGUUUCAAUUCGCGUUCCAGCUCAAGAAAUCAAUCCAAUUUAGCCUCAAAGAGCUCGACCCUUUCGACAAUUGAGAUAAACCUAUUUGUAGAGACACUUGGACUUGGGUUUUGGUACUGAGGAGUUGAGGGCAGGACUCUUAGUAUCUUAGGAAAGAUGAUGUCAAGAUCGUAUACAAACCUCUUAGAUUUGGCUGCCGGGAAUUUUCCAGAAAUGGGGAGGGAAAAGGAACGCAGGCGGAUGCCGAGGGCGAUGACAGUUCCUGGUAGCAUCUGUGAACUUGAUGAUGAUCAGGCAAACAGUGUCGCAUCUGAUAAUCCAUCUUCACUUGUAUGUGAUAGGAUGAUCAUUGUUGCUAAUCUGUUGCCCGUAAAAGCGAAACGGCGUCCAGAUAACGAAGGGUGGAUCUUUACUUGGAAUGAUGAUUCAAUACUAUUGCGGAUUAAAGAUGGGUUGCCAGAAGAAAUGGAAGUACAAUAUGUUGGAUCUUUGUCCGUUGAUGUUGACCCAAUCGAACAGGAUGACGUUUCAAACUAUCUUUUGGAAAAAUUUAAGUGUGUUCCAACGUUUCUCCCACCAAAUUUAGUGGAGAAAUAUUAUGAGGGUUUCUGCAAGAAACAGUUGUGGCCUCUUUUUCACUAUAUGUUGCCAUUUUCGCCUGACCAUGGAGGUCGCUUUGACCGUUCUAUGUGGGAAGCCUAUGUGUCCGCCAAUAAGAUUUUUUCCCAAAAAGUGAUUGAAGUUCUUAACCCUGAGGAUGAUUUUGUUUGGAUUCAUGAUUACCAUUUGAUGGUGUUGCCGACAUUCUUGAGGAGGAGAUUCAACCGGUUGAGAAUGGGGUUUUUCCUUCAUAGCCCAUUCCCUUCUUCAGAGAUAUACAGGACACUUCCAGUCAGAGAAGAAAUCCUCAAGGCUCUUCUCUGCUCUGACCUUAUUGGUUUCCACACUUUUGAUUACGCCCGCCAUUUCCUCUCCUGUUGCAGCCGAAUGUUAGGCUUAGAGUAUCAGUCAAAAAGGGGGUAUAUAGGGCUGGAAUACUAUGGAAGGACUGUAGGUAUAAAAAUUAUGCCUGUUGGGGUACACAUGGAAUAUAUUGAGUCAGUGAUGAGGCUUAGCAAUAGAAAGAGCUUGCUCAAUGACUUAAGCAAGCAAUUUGAAGGGAAAAUUGUGUUGCUUGGAGUCGAUGACAUGGAUAUUUUCAAAGGAGUCAACUUAAAACUUCUGGCGCUGGAGCACAUGCUCAAACAACACCCAAAGUGGCAGGGGAAAGCCGUGCUCGUCCAGAUUGUUCAUCCUUCCAGAGGGAAAGGGAUUGAUUUGGAUGAAAUUCGGGCUGAGAUGCAGGAAAGUUGCAUGAGAAUCAAUAAGGAAUUUGGAAACCCUGGAUAUGAGCCGGUGGUUUUAAUUGACCACCCCAUCUCAAGUAGUGAAAAAAUGGCAUAUUACAGUGUUGCAGAGUGUGUUGUUGUUACCGCUGUAAGGGAUGGGAUGAACCUGAUCCCCUAUGAAUAUGUUGUCUGUAGACAGGGAAUUUCCGGUGCAAAUGAAGAAAAUUCUGGUCUAGAUGGGCCCAAGAAGAGCAUGCUAGUGAUAUCCGAAUUCAUAGGGUGUUCUCCUUCAUUGAGUGGGGCCAUCCGUGUAAACCCGUGGAAUGUUGAAGCUACUGCUGAGGCAAUGAAUGAGGCGAUAUCAAUGGCUGAACAAGAGAAACAGAUGCGACAUGAAAAACACUACCGUUAUAUUAGCUCUCAUGAUAUAGCUUAUUGGUCUAGAAGCUUCUUGCAAGAUAUGGAGAGAACAUGUGUAGAUCACUUUAGAAAAAGAUGCUAUAGCAUUGGUUUGGGAUUUGGUUUCAGGGUUGUGGCUUUAGACCCCAACUUUCGGAAGCUCACAAUUGAUGAUAUCGUUGCAGCCUAUGUCAGGGCUAAGAGCAGAGCAAUAUUGCUGGACUACGAUGGCACUGUUAUGCCCCAAAAUUCUAUCAUCAAGUCUCCUAAUGAUGGAGUCAUAUCAAUCUUAAACAAAAUAUGUAGUGAUCAAAAUAAUACAGUGUUUAUAGUUAGUGGGAGAGGAACAGAGAGUUUAAGCAGGUGGUUUUCUCCUUGUAAGAAAUUAGGGCUUGCUGCAGAGCAUGGUUAUUUCAUGAGGUGGUCACAAGACCAUGAUUGGGAAGUGCCGUGCCCGAGCUCUGAUUUUGGAUGGAUGCAGCUUGCUGAACCUGUGAUGCAAUCUUAUACUGAUGCUACUGAUGGUUCUUCCAUUGAGAAGAAGGAAAGUGCUAUAGUUUGGCAGUAUCGUGAUGCGGAUCCUGGUUUUGGGUUUUCUCAGGCUAAGGAGAUGCUUGAUCAUCUAGAGAGUGUUUUGGCAAAUGAACCUGUUGCUGUAAAGAGUGGCCAGUUCAUUGUUGAAGUCAAGCCUCAGGGAAUCACCAAAGGGUUGGUUGCCGAAAAAAUAUUCACAUCAAUGGCACAAAAAGGGAAACUGGCGGAUUUUGUGCUCUGUAUUGGGGAUGACAGAUCAGACGAGGAUAUGUUUGAAGUAAUUGGCGAUGGUCUCUCGAGAAGUAUCCUCUCUCACAACACAAAGGUUUUUGCCUGCACAGUCGGGCAAAAGCCAAGCAAAGCAAAAUACUAUUUGGAUGACCCAUCUGAGGUUGUUCUCAUGCUCGAGUCCCUUGCCGAAUCAACCGACACCCCGGUGGCGUCUGAUGACGAAGAAGCAGAUAACUCCUCUUGAAAGAUUGGUCAGAGAAUUUAUGUCAAUCUUGAGAAAAAAGAAAGGAGGGCAAAGGAGACUUUCACGUGGAGGGCACCUGCUGGCUGGCUGGCUGUUGAGUGAUGAGGAAAAAAGGUCUUAUUCUUUUGGAGUAGUUAAAGCUGAACUCAGUAAACAUAUGACUUCUGCAGUGGUGGUCAAUGUACAUCAGAAUAAAACAUUUGGCAACUGUAAUUCUUUUCCUUAGUUUCUGAAAUGUAAUUCUAUUUGUCAAACAUUACAUUGCAUUUUAAUAGAACAGCUUUCACAGGAACACCAUGGAGUAGAUUUUUUCUCUUUUGAAUGGAAGUUUACGAGAUUCUACGGCAAUCCCUAGAGAGAUUAAAGACAUACUUUUUGGAACCUAUUACAUUCGGAGAAGGACAGGUUCUCGCUACCAUGGAUGGCGAUGGAGGGACUUAAAUGAUCUUAGAGCGGCAUCAGCAAGAAAAGUGGACGCCAAACUGCGUGGAGGAACGACUUGAUAAGGUUGUGGUGU